AUGGGGAACCCAGAACAUGGAAACACAACGUCCAUCACAGAGUUCAUCCUCCUGGGAUUCCAGACUCUUCCGGAACUGCAAUUUUUUCUCUUCCUGCUCUUCCUAGUGAUCUACAUUGUGACCAUGGCUGGGAACCUCCUCAUCAUUUCACUGGUGGUGGCUGAUCGGCGCCUACACACCCCCAUGUACUUAUUCCUGGGCAACUUGUCCUGCCUGGAGACCUGCUACAGCUCCACCAUUCUGCCCAAGAUGCUGGCCGGACUCCUGACAGGGGACCGGACCAUUUCCUUCAGUGGGUGCCUCACACAGUUGUAUUUCUUCGGUUUUCUGGUCGGCACAGAAUGCUUUCUCUUAUCGGUGAUGUCUUAUGACCGGUAUCUGGCAAUAUGCCACCCACUGCAUUACACGGCCCUCAUGAGGGGCAGGGCCUGGCUGCGGCUGGCAGGUGGCUCAUGGCUAGGGGGAUUCCUAGGUAAUGGCAUAACAACGUUGUCGGUAUCCCAGUUAACUUUCUGUGGCCCCAACGCUAUUGACCAUUUCCUCUGCGAUUUUGUCCCUCUGAUACGUCUCUCCUGCGAUGACCCUCAGCUGAUGGAAACGGUGGCUUCCAUGCUGUGCUUGGUGGCCCCCUUCCUGCUCACCUUGACGUCCUACAUCUGCAUCAUCGCCACCAUCCUGAGGAUCCCUUCAAGCAGGGGGCGGCAAAAGGCCUUUUCCACCUGCUCCUCCCACCUCAUUGUGGUGACCAUUUACUACGGAACACUGCUCAUUGUGUACAUGUUCCCAACCACUGACUUUUUCAGGGACUUCAAGAAAGUUCUCUCUGUUGCCUACACAGUCCUGACUCCUUUGGUCAAUCCCUUCAUCUACAGCCUGAGAAACAAAGAGGUGAAGGAUGCCCUGAGGAAAGUUUGGAAGAAAUUCAUGUUUGCAUAA